GGCCGCGGCAGCCCCCGCCCCGGCCCGGCCUCACGUGACGCCGCCGCUGCAAUUUUAGACCGUCAGCUGACACGAAAAAAAUCGCUGGAGAGGGGCCACCGCUCCUACAAAAACAGGGAGGGCGGUCGGCGCGGCGAGCGGCCUGCAGCACCGCUGGGACUCUCCGCACCCCCUUCCCACAGCCACAGCCGCCAUGGGGCUUCGCGGCCUCCUCCUGCUGCUCGCCGUGGCGGGGCCCUGCGCGGCCCUCAUCAGGAUCCCUCUGACCAAGUUCCCCUCCAUGCGUCGGGUCCUGAGUGAGGUGGGCAGUGAGAUCCCAGACAUGAAUGCGAUCACCCAGCUCCUCAAGUUCAAGCUAGGCUUCGCUGAUGUGGCUGAGCCCACUCCAGAGAUCCUGAAGAACUAUAUGGAUGCCCAGUAUUAUGGUGAGAUCGGCAUUGGGACUCCCCCCCAGAAGUUCACUGUGGUCUUUGAUACUGGCUCUUCCAACCUUUGGGUGCCUUCUGUGCACUGUCAUCUGCUGGACAUUGCCUGCUUGCUGCAUCACAAGUACGAUGGCUCUAAAUCCAGCACCUAUGUGGAGAAUGGCACAGAGUUCGCCAUCCACUAUGGGACAGGGAGUCUCUCUGGGUACCUGAGCCAGGACACUGUCACGCUCGGUAACUUGAAAAUCAAGAACCAGAUCUUUGGAGAGGCCUUGAAGCAGCCAGGCAUCACGUUCAUUGCAGCCAAGUUUGAUGGCAUCCUGGGCAUGGCAUUCCCGAGGAUCUCUGUGGACAAAGUCACCCCUUUCUUCGACAACAUCAUGGAACAGAAGCUGAUUGAGAAAAACAUCUUCUCCUUCUACCUGAACAGAGACCCCACGGCUCAGCCCGGAGGCGAGCUGCUCCUGGGAGGCACCGACCCCAAGUAUUACAGCGGCGACUUCAGCUGGGUCAAUGUCACGCGCAAAGCCUACUGGCAGGUCCACAUGGAUGCGGUGGAUGUUGCCAAUGGACUGACUCUGUGCAAAGGAGGCUGCGAGGCCAUUGUGGACACGGGAACCUCGCUCAUCACUGGCCCCACCAAGGAAGUGAAGGAGCUGCAGACAGCCAUUGGUGCAAAACCGCUCAUCAAAGGCCAGUACGUGAUCCCCUGUGAUAAGGUGUCAUCUCUGCCUGUUGUCACGCUGACGCUGGGAGGGAAGCCCUACCAGCUCACCGGCGAGCAGUAUGUCUUCAAGGUUUCUGCACAAGGAGAGACCAUCUGCCUGAGUGGCUUUUCAGGCCUGGAUGUGCCACCCCCUGGGGGCCCCCUCUGGAUCCUGGGAGAUGUCUUCAUCGGUCCCUACUACACCGUCUUUGACCGUGAUAAUGACUCUGUUGGCUUUGCCAAAUGUGCCUAAAUGCCCGACCCCCACUGCCUCUGCCCCAACCUACACACACACACACGGGAGCUGUAGAGAAAGGUUACCAGGAUUAGAAACUCAGUGAGUGGAAAGGAAAAAAAAAAAAAAAAGAAAAAGAAGUGGAACUAUAUUUUAAAAUUACAUGAAAAAUAGUCAUUAGUGUCCUGCUAAGCUGCUUUUGCCCCUCUGUUGAGUAAGUGGUGCUGGGAGGUCUCUAGUUGACACCCCCAGCUGGAGUAGCCCCUUGCUUUACUGCUAGUCUUCCAGUAUUUGUUUUUAAGGAUGAUUCUCAGAGCUGAACAAGGCCCUUCCACAUCUCGCAGCCCUGGUCUCCUCCCUGGGGGGCUGAUGGCAGUAGCCAGCCUCCAGCACCUCUCUUCCUGCUGAGAGGCUGUGUGGUGGCUCUGGGGUUUGGACUUCUGCCUGGGGAGAGAGGGAUGGGGAAGGAUGGCUGACACCUUAAUUGUUUCUACUUUUGCACUGAUGAAGUGGGGGAGCAGGAGGUGGGGAAGAGUCCAUCUUCAUCACCCCUCCACAACAGGUUGAGGCAGAAACUGUGAGGCCAUUUCUCAAUGGGUUUGUGCUGGCUUGGUCCUAGGAGAGCACGUCCUGGGCUGGGGCAAUGAAGGUUCACAGCCCUAUCACAGUAGCAUGCCCAAGUGUUGAGUUUCAGAGCCCGAGGGCUAUGGUGAUGUGUUUCUGUGUAGUGAUGGCAGCAGUGAGAGAGCUGGAGGCGUGAUGUCCAUGUGCCUGAGCUAGCAGGACAGAGAUUCAUAGGGGAGUUCCAGCCAGUAGCACUCUGGGGACUAUAGAUACAGAAAGGGUUGAGAUAGGAUUUGAUAGAAGUCACUUGAACUCAUGACCAUGAAGGCCCAGCUUUCUGCUGAGCAAAUUCACGUCACAUUCUCUCUUGACGGUUCUCUCAAAUUUGGUGAAAUUCUCCCAGGUUCCACAAUCCACAGAUAUUCCCAGUUUCAGCUGCAGUCAGUGAGUUAGAGAAUGUUUCCUAAAGCAACUUAAGUGAUCUAGGAGCUGAAAUCGCACUAAUACAAUCCUUUGGUGUUUGCCAGCUACUUAAGACCUUUUGGAAAGAUCAUUGGCAGCAUUUUGAACCACCCAAACCUGAAAAGGCAGUUGGCAGAGCUAGGAAACCUCUGGGGCAGGAGGCUGCUGUGGCAGCUGCUGGGCUUGCAUUUGCUUUCCCUGACACCCCAACCUGAAACCCAACUGCCUUUAACACCCUUCUCCCCCACUUUCCACUGUACUAAUGCUGAUGAGAGCUCUUUGUGUCCAGCUCCGUUGCAGGUGGAGGGAGGCACAGUCCUGCUUUGGAGAGGUAGCUGAUUUAGCUGUGCUCACAGAUCCUUUCUGUGCAGGCGGAGCUGCCCUCUUUGCUGGGCUGGCAUGGGUAGGCAAAUGGUGCUGGAGCUGGAAGGACCAUAAAGUGAGGUUUAAUCAGUAGUGGAAAGCAGAAGGGAAUCUGCCAGGAAUCCCAGCCCACGCUGGGUGGAAAAGACCAUCUUCCCUUUUCCAGCAUGCUGCAGCAGGUCCUGAGGUUAGGGAGUGGCAGCAGACAAGGGGUCUGGUAUGGGCAGUGGGGACAGGCCUGGGCACACUUCGGUCAUGCGUCUUGUCCCUUGCCACCCCUUGUGCAAGAAGUACUGCUCCCAAUGCUUGCUUGUCAUCUUCACCUGGAACCCUGCAUCUGGACACCUAAGGACAUCUGUUGCAGACAGGCAAGAGAACAGUAGCAUGAUACCAAAAAAAAAAAUUAUCAAUUGGUACUCCAAAAUUGGCAGAUAUCAGCACCUCUCCAGUGAGCCCCAGGUUCACACCAGUUAAGUGCCCAGAGAUCCUCCAGGUCCUGCUACAUUAUUUCCCAGCUGCAGGAUUUCUCCAGCACAGUGAGACUUGAGACAGCCUCAUUGCGACAUGCUACAGGGGAGAAGCCUGAGGUGAAGCUGACAGUGGGCUCCAGGCAUCUUCAGGCUCAGGCUUCAGCAGGUCAAUGCAGCAGAGCUGCAGAGCAGCCUGCAGUGCCUCCUGCCACCUGCAGCCCCUGCAGGAGCCCAGGGCUGGGCUGUUGCCUGUCCUCAGGCAGGCAGGGAGGACAGAGAAGAGCCCGAAGCAAUGCCCUGGGGGACGUACCUUUGGGUAGACUGGAGGAGCAGUUGUGUGUCUUCCCUGAUGGGCCUCCUCCCCUUGUUCUCUUAUUUGCAUUUUUAAACCAAACUCUUACCAUGUGACUUAUUGUUUUUAAAUCUAAUUUGCUGUCAGAAUUACUGUCUCAUAGAAAAUGGACAAGAAAAUACAGUAUUUUCCCCCUUAA